CCCUUCCCAGUGAACCCUUCUAAGAGCCUGGAGAUGAGUAGUAGGGCUGGACAGAACCAAGCAAGGCUGGACCAGAGGAGCCGACCGUGAGAACCCUUCCCCCAAGCGCAGCGCUCGGCCGGUUCUUUCUUCCCCGGGCGCCUGCGCAGCGCACUCUCCGGCCACCGCACGCCUCCUCAGCAGAGCCUGGAGACGUUGACGUCACCGCGCAGACUGCAAGCAACCCUUCGUUCCUUCAAGGAAAAUGAGUCCACGCACCUUCGGCUUUUCUUAGCCCCCAGAAAAUGUCCUCCCUCCUUCCAUCCCAGUGCCAACGACUUCCCCAGCCCGUCUCCUUUUGGCGGGACUUCUCCGUACUUUCGUUGGACCCCGAAGGCGGCGGAGAGGAAGAGAAAGGGUGAAAGACCAAUUCGCGUUGUUUACAAGGAGUAGGCGAGUCUAGGAAUCGAUCCGCGAGGGCGGAGCCGAGGAAGCCGGCACUUUUUCCUCCCUUCCCCUCCCUCCCCAGCCUUCCCCGCGAGCGGACGCGGCAGCGCCUCUGCCUCGCUUUUUCUUAUUUUUUUCCCCCCUUUCCCCUUUCUUUUUUUUUUUUCCCCCUCCCCCCCUUUCACCAUUUCCCCUCGGAGGCGUUUUCCCCGGGCAGGGGCAGAGCCGGUCUCACCCCCCGCCUCUCCCCGGCCCCCGCCGCCCUAUGGCGAAAGGGAGCCCCCUCCCCACUCGGGCUCGAGCGGCCGCGGCCUUAGGCCGGGGGUCAUCAUGGAAUUAAUUCGCUGACGAAUCCAGAGGCCGCAGCCGUGCGUCCCGCUCGAGCGCUAGCGCCCGCGUCCCCCGGCCCGCUUCUGCCUCUUCUCCCUCCUCAGUCGGCCCCGUCGUCCCGCGCGCACCGCCGCCGCGCGUCGAGGAGAAUGAAGUGGUAACGGGCUGCCGGAUGACCCCUCGUCACCAUCGUGAGGCCUACAGCUCUGACGUGGAGGAGGAGGAGGAGGAAGAAGAGGAGAAGGUAGCUACAUCAAGCUGGGUAACAGGCAGAUCCAAAGGAUAUCAUGAAGUUUCCAGGGCCUUUGGAAAACCAGAGAUUGUCUUUCCUGUUGGAAAAGGCAAUCUCUAGGGAAGCACAGAUGUGGAAGGUGAAUGUGCGGAAAAUACCUUCAAAUCAGAAUGUUUCUCCAGCCCAGAGAGAUGAAGUAAUUCAAUGGCUAGCCAAACUCAAGUACCAAUUCAACCUUUACCCAGAAACAUUUGCUCUGGCUAGCAGUCUUUUGGACAGGUUUUUAGCUACUGUAAAGGCUCAUCCAAAAUACUUGAGUUGUAUUGCCAUCAGCUGUUUUUUCCUAGCUGCCAAGACUGUUGAGGAAGAUGAGAGAAUUCCAGUACUGAAAGUAUUGGCAAGAGACAGUUUCUGUGGAUGUUCCUCAUCUGAAAUUUUGAGAAUGGAGAGAAUUAUUCUGGAUAAGUUGAAUUGGGAUCUUCACACAGCCACACCAUUGGAUUUUCUUCAUAUUUUCCAUGCCAUUGCAGUGUCAACUAGGCCUCAGUUACUUUUCAGUUUGCCCAAAUUGAGCCCAUCUCAACAUUUGGCAGUCCUUACCAAGCAACUACUUCACUGUAUGGCCUGCAACCAACUUCUGCAAUUCAGAGGAUCCAUGCUUGCUCUGGCCAUGGUUAGCCUGGAAAUGGAGAAACUCAUUCCUGAUUGGCUUUCUCUUACAAUUGAACUACUUCAGAAAGCACAGAUGGAUAGCUCCCAGUUGAUCCAUUGUCGGGAGCUUGUGGCACAUCACCUUUCUACUCUGCAGUCUUCCCUGCCUCUAAAUUCCGUUUAUGUCUACCGUCCCCUCAAGCACACCCUGGUAACCUGUGACAAAGGAGUGUUCAGAUUACAUCCCUCCUCUGUCUCAGGCCCAGACUUCUCCAAGGACAACAGCAAGCCAGAAGUGCCAGUCAGAGGUACAGCAGCCUUUUACCAUCAUCUCCCAGCUGCCAAUGGGUGCAAGCAGAUCUCUGCUAAACGCAAAGUAGAGGAAAUGGAAGUGGAUGACUUCUAUGAUGGAAUCAAACGGCUCUAUAAUGAAGAUAAUGUUUCAGAAAAUGUGGGUUGUGUGUGUGGCACUGAUAUAUCAAGACAGGAGGGACAUGCUUCUCCUUGUCCACCUUUGCAGCCUGUUUCUGUCAUGUAGUUUGAACAAGAGUUACCUUUGAGUGUAAACUAAGGUAGACUACUCUUGGGAAUGAAAACAUGGAAAAUGAGGAAAGGCUGUAGAAGGAAAUAUACCUUACCAGGCUGAUUUGGAGUAAGCCAGAAAAAAAACACAUUAUUUGUGUGGCUAAUUAUAAUUCAACAUUAUUUAAGCACAUAAAGACAAAAAAAAAAAAUCCAAAAGAUCCAAACUUUUUUUAUACUUAAAAAGUCACUUUGUAGUAUGUCCAUUGCACUUUUUUUCUGCCAUAAUGUAACGUAGCUUGCCCCAUCAAAAAUUCAGUUAAAAUUCAUAGCCAGCAAACCUGUUCCCCCCUCAGCAUCCUGAUUUAAUUUUCCCAUUGCUUUUGUUUGCUUCUCCAUUUAAUAGUUAGUGAACUUUAUGCAUGUUGAUCUGUAUUCUGAUUUUCACUGAAUAGGAAACCCCAAAAUUAUUUUUUAGCAAUUGAAUGAACAAAUUAUUUUGGUGUGACAGCCAUGAUUCAGUUAAGUUUAAAAAGGGUACUUUGGAAUUGUCCCAUAUUAAUGAGAGAGAGCAACAGAAAAAGUUCCCAUACUACCUUUUGUGUCUCAUUUCAAAUUUUAAUUUAAAAUUAUGGUUUUCAUUUUUGUUUACCUUAAAGUGAUGCUUAAAAGUUGCAUGUAAUUAGGACACUUAGAUUUGUUGAAAGCAUUUUUGAUAUUUGUAUAAAAUAUUUGCGAUAAAGUUAAUAUAUCCUGGUGCUCACCAAAGAAACAUGUAUGUAACAACUGAAAUUAGAUUUCUGUAACUGAUUAGUUUUCACUCAUUUAUAAUCAGUAGGAGAGACUGUCUAGAUGUUGGGGCAGCUCUAUGAUUUGAGUCUGUAAUAUGUCAUAACUGAAUUAAGUACCCUAGUUUUAUGUUAAACUGUUAGAACUUACUCCCCCUACCUCCCCAGCCUACCUAUAUCUCUUAAUAACUUCUGGAUCCUGAGCUCCCUUUGCAGUCUGAAAAAGGUAUUGCAGUCAGAACUGUGUACUGAUGAUAAAAGCCUCUGGUAGCAAUAAAAAGUUGUCCUUAA